ACCUUUCCCAGCAAAUCGCCUCGGAAACCAUGAAGUCUGCCUGUGCACUCAUUGCGUUUCUGUCCGCGGUCCUCGUGGAGUCGCAAUCAUCGAAAUGCAGCAGAGUGCAGACAACAAAUCCACCGCGGGAAAAGCUUUUUCUCUGCUACUGGGGAGCGUGGUCCUACUACCGGGAAGGAGACGGCAAGUUCUCAGUGGAACACAUCGACCCCUUUCUCUGCACGCACCUCGUCUACACGUUCGCCAUUCUGGAGAACGACCUGAUCACCGCGUACGACCCCUACCUCGAUCUCACGGAUAACUGGGGCUUGGGCAUGUACAAGAAGUUUAACGAUCUUAAGCGGCGAAACCGCGACCUGAAGACAAUCAUUGCCAUCGGUGGCUGGAACGAAGGAUCCGAAAAGUACUCCAACAUGUCGAAGACGGCGGAGGGGAGGAAGCGCUUUGUGGACAGCGUCCUGGAAUUCCUCGACCGCCACGGCUUCGACGGGCUCGACCUGAACUGGGAGUACCCGUCACGGAGGGGAGGGUACCCUGAGGACCGCGAGAACCACGCCCUACUGCUCAAGGAGCUCAGAGCAGCCCUGGACCAGAAAAACCGCAUGCUGAUCGCCUCCGUAUCUAUGGGAAUCGAAACCGUAAACGUGUCCUACAACGUGCCCGAAGUUAUGAAGUCCGUUCACCUGCUCAACGUGAUGGGCUACGACUUCUUCGGCGCCUGGGAGAACUACACCGGACACAACUCUCCCCUCCGUGCGAGGAAGGGCGGCAACGAACUGGAGCAGACAUUCAACGUGGAAACCGGCCUCCAGUUCUGGAUCGACAAGGGAGCCAACGUCAGCAAGAUGGUGUUAGGACUGCCGCUCUAUGGACGAACCUUCACCCUGGACGACCCCAAGAACUCGGGUUACUUGGCCCUUGCCACUCAGCCAGGCCAAGCGGGAAACCACACCAAAUUCGCCGGGUACCUUGGCUACAAUGAGAUCUGCGUGUUGCGCCGCCCUGGUGGCUGGAAGGAGACUCGCGACCCCGACGUCGGCGCACCGGUGAUCGUCAAGGGAGACCAGUGGAUUGGCUAUGACGACGUCGAGAGUUUGAAAAAGAAGGUCGCAUUCGCCUUGUCCAAGGGUCUUGCGGGAGCUAUGGUCUGGUCCAUCGAAACAGACGACUUCAGAGGACACUGUGGGGAUACCAAGAAUCCACUCCAGAGUGCCAUCAAGGAAGCACUGUGUCUUACGCCGGUUCCGCCUGACCCGUGUGUCUCAGGUCGCCGAUGUGUCCCGUGUGACCCAGACGACUUCGGAGGAGACUGUGGGCGCACUGAGAAUCCACUGCAAAGCGCCAUCAAGGAGACACAGCGCCCUACGCCUGUCCCGCCUAACCCAUGUGUCCCAAGUGGCCGAUGUGUGCCAGACGACUUCGGAGGAGAGUGUGGCCGUACCAAGAAUCCCCUGCAAAGCGCCAUCAAGAAGACACAGCGUCCUACGCCUGUCCCGCAUGACCCAUGUGUCUCAGGUGGCCGAUGUGUCCCAGGUGUCCCGCCACUCACCACCAAGGCUCCGGUGGUGACCCGACCCAGUCGAAAAGUGACUCUACCCACUCAAAUGGUGACCCGACCGACUCCAAGGAUGACCCAACCCUUCGAGUGUACAAAAAGCGGUAUCUUCGCCCACCCAAAAUCGGACAAGAUGUAUAUACAAUGUGUCCUUAGGUACGAUGCUUAUCAGCGCCCGUGUCCUCCAGGCACCACCUUUAGCCCCGAGGAACGGCGGUGUAUACACGAAGCGAAAAGUAAGCGGGCGAGGGGGUUAUGAAGCAUCAUAAUCUAAACCCUGAGACACGGAUAAAUAAAAUAACGGGCAAGAGGA